GUCAGUGUUGAAUCGGACGUCGGUGUGGGAGGGAGUGCUCGCGCGUCUCUCUGGCGGACCUCUUGCGGUGUCGGGGUACGCGCGCCGCUCUCUAAUUUGUUUCGUGACACGUCCUGAAAGUGGCAAUCAGGGUGCACUAACGUUGUUCCUUCCGUGAUAUAACGAACGUGGAAUUGGAGCUCUGGCGGGUUUUUGAGACGCUAUGGCCCCGGGACUCUACAGUUUUGUGGACUUGAGUGUCGUGAGUCAAAAGUUUGUCGCCGACUUGAGCGGGAGGCGAUAGCGGCCCCGCGACCCAGGCCACCCUCUGCCGGCACGCCCGUCCUCCGCCUCCUCCUCCGUGCGCUAGAGAGAUAAAGAGGAGCAGGAGGAGUAUCUUACCCGCGUCCUCGUGCAUCCCCGGAGCGAGAAGUGGUGACAGUUGAAGCACAGAGAUGAGAAAAGACAAAGUGAAGUAUUAAAAGGAAAUAUUAAUAGGCCAACCUGAACCAGUUUCCCAAGAUCAAGAGUUAUGAAAAAAAUGGAGAAAAUAAACGAGUAAAUUAAAUAACACGAAAGAGUCCAAGAAAACAGCAAGUAAUCAAAUAUACACACAAGUCCUAAGGUCAUAAAAAUAAAGCAAUCAUAAAACAACCACGAACUCAAGUUAAGUGAAUAUCAAACUUAAGCUUUCGGAAGCCCACGCCCACGCCCACGCCUCUAUCACUACACGCCCGCACACGCCCGCUCUCAAGAUGCAAGUCCGAGGCUGGAUAUGAUUGAUGUCGUCUCCACACCUUUCGCCAUAGAAAAUUAUGCACAGGUGGCCGGCGCUGGCGGGUCAUGGAUGGAGUGGGACGACCGUCGCCGCCGUGACGCUGAGGACCCCUGGCCGCCGCCCCGCCCCCCUGAGCCCCCCGCCUUCCCCGAUGACCCCUGGGGCGGCGACGACACUUGGCACGACGACUUUUGGAACGACGCCCCAUGGGAGGACGCCCGCAUCCAGUUCCCCGAGGAGGCAGCAGGGGCAGGAGGAGGAGGAGGAGGAGGAGGAGGAAACGACUAUGAUUUUGAGGGAUGUGACUGCGGCGGCCCUCCUCCCCCCGUAUUUCACCUCCCUCCCCCUCCACCGCUCCCUCGCCUCCCUGAGGAGGAGGAGGAGGGCUCUGGCUGCGAUGCACCGCCCCCCUCCGAGGUGUGCCCUGCCCUACUGGUGGCCGGAGACGCUCACACUCACCAGCGCCUCCAGCCUCCCCUGGCGGCGCUGGUGGUUGCCGCCGCCACACUCACGCUCGUUUUCAUCAUCGCGGCGCUCGUCUGCUGGAGGUACCGGAGGCAGCGAGGCCGUCGGGGACCCUCCAAAUCCUCGAGCGACCUCACCAACGGCGUCAUUUACGAGGACCUCCCGUCGGGGCCCACGCCGAGGGUCGUGCCCGCCGCCCAAUGCCACCCUCGCGACACCCACACUUUGGCGCCCAUGGAGCUCCUGGACAUGAAACUGACGCCCCACGUGCACGCCUCAAGCUACGGCGGGGCGGAGGGAGGCACCCCGGCCAUCCUGCAGCAGUACCAGUCCACGCAGCCCCUCUCCCCCUCCUUCAACCCCACCCACACCUCCCCGCCCUACUCACCAAAGAAACCCUUCGACUCCCAUCGCUCCAACAGAAGUUCGCAGGAGCUCUACAACCCCACCUACGAGGAAAUAUCAACGGGAAGUGACUCCACUUCCGUCAGCAGCGCCAGCGUAAGCUCCGAAGGCGGCCAACAGCAGCUGGAGCGGCGCGGCGAGGGUCCGGGCCCCCCGCCCAUUUGGUCUGAGCCCGGCAGCUGCACGUGUUCAAGCGGCCGGCGGGCACCGCAGGGGAGGCGGGGAACCCGCGGCGGCCGCUCACGGAAGCCCCGUGCCACCAGCAGUGCCACCAGUACGGGUACCACGGAGGGCAGCGAGUACCACGAGGCUCUCUUGCCCCAGUUGGUGCCCGCCCUGGCCCUGAAGGGCACGGCACGGCAUCCCACGCUGCCCUACACCAUCCAAGGCACCAGUGACGGCCGCACCUCCACCUCCUCCUCCUCCGACCUGCCGGUGGACCGCUGCCUCGCUCCUCGCGAGCCUCGCUACUACGUGGGCGUGCCGCCCCCCACCACGCGCAGCCCCAUCACGCCAGACGGCCCCACGCGCGGACCUCCGGGACUCCACUUUGGUGGGGACUCAGUGGAGGGGUCCUCCGGGGCGUCAACGUGCGGGGGUGAGCGGCCCUCGCCCACGGAGCGCGGCCUGCCGCCCCUCCCCUCCCGCAGCGACCGCUACCGCAUCUACUUCAGCACGGAGCGGCGGCGCGGCGUGGACGGGGCGCCGCUCCCUAUCGGUACGCGUACCCUCGACCCCGGGGCCAGGAAGCGGCAGCGGCGGCACGACACCUCGGGCAACAGGGAGAGUGAGCCGCUGUACCACGAGCUGUAGGCGUGCACACACACACACACACACACACACACACACACACACACACACACGAAUCCUAACCUAACCUAACCUAACCAAACCUCAGGCAGCAAGGAGAGUGAGUUGAACAUUUUCUAAAUAUAUAUUAUAAACAAACUUACAACAGACACAACACGCAGAACACACUUGGUGCAUAUUAACGAUAGAAACAAAAAACACAACACAGACGUGCACCUCGCUCCCUCCAUGUUGACGUUACUUCUACUAAAAUUGACUCUCUCUCUCUCUCUCUCUCUCUCUCUCUCUCUCUCUCUCUCUCUCUCUCUCUCACACACACACACACACACACACACACACACAUACACACACAGGCCAGGCAAGCUCACGUGUACACUCCCACAUGCACACACACGCACACACCCACUUGAGCACAUCCUCCUCCCACUAAUCACCAGUCUGGCUGCCGCCGCUCCGUCCCUCCUCCCAGCCUCCGCCGCCCGCCGCCCCGCCCACGUCCCCGCCCCCGCCGCCUGGUCUUGGCUGCCUCACCUCACAUGUUUACUCACUACACCUCCCGCUGCCCCUCCCUCCCUCCCUCCCUCCCGCCGCCCCCGAUCUCUCCCUCCCUCUCCACGGUCAAUACACACAGACACUUAUAAGCUUCCCCCCACAACACUGUACACCGAUGACACGAUACACACACACACACACACACACACACACACACGUUUACCUGAGCAGACGAGGCAGUCUCUCAUUGUUUCACGCACGCACGUAUCCAAGACUAAAAGAAAUUAAAACAAAACUGAAAAAAAAAUGUGAAAAACGUACCUAUACAAAUUACUGACUGACUGAACAGUUCGUUAAUUCAACUCACGAGGCUGAAUUGAAAAGAAAACUGUUGAUUUUGUUCGGCAACUUGCUCACUGUUCACUCCAAAUGCUUCGGUGUGGAAUGGCAUCAUCUUCCCACAAAUGUUCACUAUUGCAUCCACCACAUGGACGGGCUUGGAAAAAAAAUAAAUAACGCACCACUGUGAUAAAGUUUCGUUCGUUUGUAAGUGAAGUAUUUCCCUCCCCCUUCCUCCCCCUCCUCUCCCUCCUUUUCUCUCCCUCCUGCACGGCCCGUGACGGAGGAUGGGACGGAGAAGGCUCAACGGGAGGGAAGAGCGGGAGCCGUUGGAGGGAUGAUGGAGGAAUGGAAGAGACGAAUGGUGAUGACGGUGGUGAUAGUGACACGUGAUGGUGAUGGAAGGGCGGCUUACGGGAGAAAAAGGGACGCGAUGAAAGUGAUGGUGUCGGCUGAUGGUGGUGGUGAUGGAUGGUUGAUGGUGAUGGUGAGGGUGAAAAAAAAAUGUUGGAAAAAAAAAAAGUACAGGGAUUGUGAAGGGCAUUGAUGGUGAGUGUGGUAACGGCUUUGCGUCAACUUUGAUUCCACAAAAUAAUAAAGUCGUGGAAAUUAUUUGUCUACUUGUACAGAUAGAAGUUUUGUGACGUAGCUGUGACGAUAUUCAUGUUCUUCUGGAAACUGAAGAAGAAAAAAAAGAAUCAUGAGCAGAAAAUCAAACUGAACACUUAGUAAUAAAAGUGGAAGCAGUGGGAAAGACGAUUUUUCUAGCUUUAUAGAAAAAAAUAAACAAGGUGAAGAUGUAUAAAAAAAAGGUUACGUGAGUGGAGAGGGAAAGGAAGGGGGUGAAUGGGGAGGGAAGUGUAGGGGAGGGGAGAUCAGGGAGGGGUGAGGGAGGGUAUUCUGUGAGUUUCAUGGUCUGCAACCGACUGCACAACUAGCUCUUAAUAAAAGUGUAAAACAGUAAAACAUGGAACACUCUUUCUCGUGAUAACACACAUAUCAUCUUCCUCCAUUCCCUUGUCCCUUUGUUUCUUGUACUCCUUCUUCUCUCCCUUCUUUCAUCUCGUAUCUAUCCUCGUUCUCUAUCUCUGUCUUUGCUUUCAAUCCUCAAUCCUCUCUUAUCGCUGUUUCUUCCUCUAUCCUUCAUUAAUAUUUUUUACAUCUUCGGAUCUAUCUCACAUUUCUCACCGGAUGAUAUAAACAGACAUAUUUUCUCUCAAUGUCCUCCUACUAACAAUUUUAUAAAUAUAUAUAGAUAUCAAUGAAUAUACAGAUCCAUAUAUAUAUUCUUCACUUUUAAAUCUCGUUUUUUCUAUCAUAAAGGCGUGUUCCAUUUUCUAACUUUGGAACAUAAUUUUUCUUGCACUUAUUUCUGAGUAUAAUAUCAUGUAUGUACACUCUUCUUUCAUCCAUAUUCGUCAUCCGUCAUUUUUAUCCUUUUUUAUCUCUUACAUCAAAGCUCCUCUCCUCCUCCACCUACCCGCUCUAAGAAUAAAAGACAUAUAUUCUUUCUUCUACCCAUUUAUUUCCCGGGACCCAUAAGCCCUUAGAGAAAAACACCACAUUUCAAGUUUUUCUCCACUUUUUUCCCCCAUCCUCCGCCUCCAUUUCCGCCGUACUCGCUCCCUUGUUCUCUUCUUAUGCCUGUUUGAAGGACGUCACUGCUCUCCGUGUGACGCAAGUGUUCCAUUAGCUCCAGUACCACCAGUUCACCAGUACAGCUGCUUGUUCC